CGGUCUCGCUGCGCUAGUGAUAGAGAAGGCAGCUACACUAUGGCUUUAUUUUAUUCAAGAUGUUUGCAGGAUUUGCCUUCAAUCUCGAUAAGUGAUGUUCAUCGACUGGUCCAGACGGGGAGCUCUGCCCCCAGAAGCAAGAGGGAGAAGGGAUUUAAAAUGUAUCUGUCAAGUUACAUAGACAAUUAUGAAGAUAACUUUUGAAAACAGCUCGCCUGUUACAAUUGCUGCUGCUGAAUGCACAUGUGUUGCUGGAAAAGUCCUGUGCAAUCACAAUGUUGGACUUCUUUUUCAAACGGCACAUUACUCAACCCUGAGACUGAAGGCAGUUCCCCCCGUCCUUAGCUGCACAGAAACAGAGCAGAAAUGGCAUAAGCCACGGACUAUGGUAAGCACUUAAUACCAAAGUGAGAAUAUUAUUUAUUAUUAAUACUAUUGUUGUUAUUGUUCUUUGUGAACUUUUAUAGGGUGUGAAACCAGGUAGAGUGAGUGACAUGGUCGUCAUUUCUACAAAGCUUAAACCUAGGCAGUACACAGUCGCUGAUGGUGUAAGGAGUAAGCGCUACAAAGCAGUGCUGGGGGACUUGCCGGACCCAGAUGUCCUGAAAGUUGCUGAGGCUUACAAAGACUUCACAGCAGACAUUGCUCCACUGAUAACCACCAUGGCAAUAACCGAGGAUGUUCCCCUUGUUCAGUCAGCAUUUGGACCAGUCCAGGAAGGUAGCCCCAUCUCUUACCAGCAUCCAGUACCAAUUAGUCGGGUAAUAGUCUGCCACCCAGACAGCCCCCCUCCACCACCUCUGCCAUUAGAAGGCUAUAGGCUGGAUCCCUCCACCUGUAAUUUUGUGUGUACUCAUGAACAGCAUCUCCAGUUAAUGUCACUUGCCAUUACCUUGGAUAUGGCAAGGAAGAUAGAGAUGGCUACAAGGGACCAGAGCAACAGUGUGGAGUGGCACCAAGUCAGGAAGCCGAGGCUCACUUCCUCUCGAUUUAGGGAGGUGUGCCAUGUGAGAGGGGACAGUUCUUCUCAGAACCUAGCAGAGAGAAUAUGGAAAGGUGGGGUUCAGACAGCGCUAAUGAAAAGGGGGCUGGCAUUGGAGCCUGUGGCCAUCCAAGAAUACACCAGGACGAAAAAUGUCAACUACUGGCCAUGUGGCUUUGUCAUCCACCCAGAUGCUCCUUGGCUAGGAUCCUCUCCAGAUGGUCUUGUAUUUGAUCCAACUGAGAGCCCACCAUUUGGACUGAUAGAAAUCAAGUGCCCUAAUUCCAGAAGCUAUGUGGACUGCAAGUACCUGAAGAUGCAGAGUGGCAUAUUAAAAUUAAAGCCCAGCCACAGCUACUACUGGCAAGUCCAGGGGCAGUUAUUACUCACCGGGAUGCAAUGGUGUGAUUUUAUUGUUCUGGCUGAGGAGGACAUUCUUGUGCAGCGGAUCUACAGGGAUGCUGCGGUGGCAGGGGUUAUAAGGGAGAAGGGGGAUUAUUUCUUUUUUCACUUUUACCUCGGUAAAAAAUCAGUAAAACCCAAAAUGUAG